AUGUCAAAUAUUGAAUUAAACACUAACGACGUCUACGAUACUGGAUCUUUGAGUGAAGGUCUCGUGUCCGGCAGGUGUCCUGUGGAUCAGCAGCGCAGGCCCGGUCGUCAUCCCGCUACUGCUGGGCAACGACAGAAGAAAUUAGGAUGGUCGAAGGCAGACAACAGACGGUUGUUUGAAUGUUACAUUAGAAGUGAACCGGAGAGACGAGGAUACCGAAAAAGAAUGCUAGACUUGUGGAUAGCUCGAAACACCAACGAUGAGCUAAAUGAAGUUAGUGAACAGAGACUAGCUGAUCAAGUACGGCAGAUUAAGAUCAAGAAGUGGCUAGAGGAUGUGGAACAAGAGGAAAUAUCUCUAAGAGUAAGAAAUGAACAUCAGGAGACUGACCAUAAUUCUACAGAUGCAUCAAGUAGAAACAGAACACUUGAGACCCAGGAAAACAGCAGGGACCAAAACAACACCCCAGUUGAAGAGGAUCCCAUUGUACCCACUGAUCUAGAGUCACAAGAAGAGAUCAGCCCAGAGCUCAGUGUUCUCCGAGACAGGAUCCUAGAAGUGAUGCUUCUAGAAGAGAGAACAGGAAUACCAUCAUUGAGAUCGUGUGAUAGAGCAAAGCUGAGAGCAGAGGUUGGAAAUGUCAAUGAAGCCACCAAGAGGAUUGAAACUCACAACAUUACAGAACUGAAUUCUUUAAUGUAUGCAGUGGCGUAUGUCACCACAGAAAGAAUGGGAAUGUUAAAGAAGAGGAAAGAAAGGAGGACCGAAGAACCAUUCUGGAAGAGGAGGAUUAAACAGAGUAUUGAAACAUGGAGAAAGGAUCUCAGCAAGAUCGAAGAAACCCGAAGAGGGAACAUGAGAUUGAAACAAAGAGAUAGAGAACGAUUGAAUAGAAAACACCGCCUUGAGGAGAAUGGCACUUUGUACGUUUCAGACAUGUUGAAGCAGAAGAUCAAGGCUGGUGCAAUUAAGAUCAAGAGAUAUGAUGAGAGAUGCCAACAGUUUCAGCAAAAUCAACAGUUUCAGACUAACCAGAAACUUUUCUAUGAGACUCUGGAUGGAAAGAAUAGAGAAGGGAAAGAACAACCUGACCCAAUUGAAGCAACCACCUUCUGGAGAAAGAUAUGGUCAGAAGAGGUCAUUCACAAUGAGCAGGCUUCUUGGCUACAGCAAGUUGAGAAGGAGUUGAGCUCAAUUGAGGUGCAAGAGGAUAUCAACAUCACCAUGGAGGAUAUUAGAACAGGAGUGAGUAAGAUGGCAAAUUGGAAGGCAGCUGGCCCUGACUUAGUCCAGGGCUACUGGUUUAAGAAGCUACCAGGAUUACACUCUAGAUUGCAACUACACCUGCAAGACUGUGUGCGCCAAGGAAAUGUGCCAGAGUGGAUGGUCAAAGGAAGGACAGUACUCAUUCAGAAAGACCCAACGAAGGGCACCCAAGCUAACAACUACCGUCCUAUCGCCUGCCUACCCAUAAUGUGGAAGCUUCUGACUGGAAUCAUGGGUGAGAAACUGUACCAACACCUGGAGGGGAAUGGACUGCUAGCAGAUGAGCAAAAAGGUUGCAGGAAAGGAUCGCGAGGAACGAAAGAUCAGUUGCUUGUAGACAAGGCAAUCAUAAAGAACUGCAGGAGAAGGUUGACGAACUUGUCAAUGGCUUGGAUAGACUACAAGGAAGCAUAUGACAUGGUGCCACAUUCAUGGAUACUUAAAUGCCUGGAGAUGGUUGGUGGAGCCAAGAACAUGAUUACUGUAAUUAGCAAUAGCAUGGUGAACUGGAAGACAGUAUUAACAUCUGAAAGAACAGAUCUUGGACAAGUGGACAUCAGAAGAGGAAUUUUUCAAGGAGACUCCCUAUCGCCAUUGCUGUUUAUCCUAAUCAUGCUGCCACUAACGCUAGUGCUACGAAAGAUGAAAGCUGGAUAUAGAUUUGCAAAGGAAAUGAAGCCUGUCAACCAUCUACUGUUCAUGGACGAUCUGAAAUUGUAUGGAGCCAACAAAGAACAACUAGACUCACUCGUACAAGUGGUAAGGAUUUUCUCACAGGACAUCAGGAUGUCAUUUGGGCGGUCAAGUGUGCGGUCCUAG